AUAUUGUGCUGACGAUCUAUAGUAUCUUGGACCCCACGUGGAUAUGUGAUGGGCUACUAUGUUCAUACUGAGCCAGAUGAUGGUCUAAGUUAACCGCGACGCGGGCUAUCAUCAGCUUUCUACUCUUAUCGAAUCUGGCCACCUACAGUACUUUAUCGGUGCUACUAGCAGAAGGACGUCUCAUCAAUCCCGUCUUGAAAACACUGCGAGAUGGCGUCGACGGAAGAUGGAGAGAAAAAGCCAUUUCUCCCCGGCAAAGAAGACGAGCCUGACUACGAGGAUGUUGUCAGAACCGAGAAAGGGUUUACACGAUCCCGGUUUCUUAAGACGAAUGGUGCUCUCUUCAUACUUCACAUAGUCUUCCUGAUCUUGAACAUCUCUGUUCUCAUCUGGAAUUUACGCUUUGCGGGCGAUCGCAGAAAGGGUGAUGAUCAUGGAGAUGUACUCAACAAAGUAUAUACACCCGCGCAAUCAGCUCUCCAGUACAAAGUAGAAGAACUCAAUUCUGGACAUGGCCAAAAUCCCUUCGCAGGAGAGCCUCGCCCGGAGACCGACAAAGCAUGGUCAGAUCUACUCAGAGGGGGCAUUAUCAAAAUCUCCGAAGACGAGCUGAAGAAGUUGAACAAAACUUCCAUUCCACUACAAGAUGGGAGUGGUUACAUUGCUUAUCUCGAGGCUAUCCAUAUGCUGCAUUGUGUGAAACGAAUUUAUCAAUCUCAGCACCCCGAACACUAUCCAGAGCUCCAAGGCACUGAUGCUUUCGCGCCAGGUCACUGGGAUCACUGCCUCGAGGUUCUCCGCCAGGGAAUCAUAUGCAACGCCGACAUAACGGUGAACACGUACUAUUGGAAAAGUCCUACCGAGAUUCAAGGUAACAGAACAGGGGUCCGGAAAUGCACCGACUGGAGCCGGAUUCAGAAAUGGGUCGAUGAAAGAGCGGUCGAUUUCAGAGGUCCUGAUAAGUUCCUUGAUACUUUGGUGCGAGAGAAUUGAAAUAAACUUGGCAGAACAAACAUGAUAAGAUUUUGUAUUC